AUGAGGAUCAUUGUGCUCGCCCUACUUGUGGCCGCAUGCGUGAGUGCUGACUUGUUCGACCUCAAAAAGUCGCUCGUGGGCGAAAGCCUCAAAGGGCUCAUCAAACACGAAGUGAACAAAAAAAUAAAAAAGACUAUGGAUCGCCUCAAGGAGGUUUUCUCUAGCAGCAUGGUUGAUUUCGGGAAAAAAUUGAGCGGAUACCGGGAAAAGAUACUGCAAAAACUACACUUGUCAAAGGAACAAAGAAAAGAGCUUGUAGAAAGACUGAAGAUGUUGAAAAGGAAAACUAUUGAUAAAGUUUUACCGACGGGAGACUCGAUUGAAGAGAUCAAUAUAAUGAGCAAAAUUGCAGGCGCACUCUUCCAGGGAGAUAUGGUCCUUUCGAAGGAGCAACAAGAACAAGUUUUUGCGGACAUUACCGAAACCCGUUCCAAACGGCAAACUAUGUAUGAUAGAAAGUACCCUGGUAGAAGAUGGUCUACAGGGGUUUCCUACUUCUUCGACCAGAGUGUAGAUGCCAAGAUUCAAAGCGUCUUCAAGAAAGCUGCACAACAAUGCGCAUGUUAG